AUGGGUUGUGGAGCGGCUAAAGCAGUCCAGACUAUUGAUGAUAAUACCAAUGUUAGCAAUGAAAGUGAUGUUAAAGAUAGUGAUAAUAAGUUCCCAACAAAUUAUGUCAUUAAAAGUGAUGUUACAAAUGCCACAAACGGAUCGGCAGUCACUCAGCGACGGAUGUCCCGACCUAUGACUCCAGUUCCUAAACCUGUGGCGUUUGACAUACCGCUUGACACCCACUCUACGGAAGCAAUUACUGAGACAACUAAAGAGCCGUUGAAAUUACUACCAAAACGACUGCUAACACUUGCGGAACAACCGACACAUCAGAUGACAGCAAAACAAUUAUCGGACAAACAGUUGAGGGCAGAGGAAAAACGCAACGAAUUAUUAGAAGAGAGGAAACAAAAAGCACAUAAUUAUAACCAAAAGUUUUUAUCAAACAAUAACUCUGUUAACAAUAAUGACAAUAUUGAUAGCGAUAAUAAUACAGACGAUAAUAAUGAUAAUACAAAUGACUUAAAUUAUAAUGAAGAAAAUGUAAUGGAAAUUAUUAAUGGCAUUAAUGGUAGUGUGAAAAACAUUACAUGA